AUGAAGAUGUCGAAAGGUGAAGGGGUUUUAAAGUUAAGAAUAAGAUGUGUAAAAAUAAUGUGUCGUAGGGAUUUUCGAUCAGUAGACGCCUACGGAGAUGGCACGGAAAUUGCAUCGAUAAAACGUUGUUCGAUAUGGAUAGAAAGAGAUGAUGAGAUUUCGUACGGGCAGGAUGAAUUCAAAGUGUCCGUAUGGGUAUUGGCCACGACUUGGGGUCGAUAUGAGGACGUGGUGACUAUUGAAUUACACGUAGGACUCGAUAUUCUACCGGCCAUCCGCAUACCACUCAUCAUCAAAGCUAUUACGUUCCCCAUAGAAUAUCCUUUAGCUAAAGACGUUCACAAACCAACCAUCAACUUCAGCCUCUACUCGAUGGAGUCAGAAAACCGAUUACAAAUCUUGAAUAAUAGUGAAAUUCCGGUCAAAAUAUCUUGGCGCAUAUAUAACGAAAGUAAAGAAAAUAAACCGUUUGGAGUAGUAAUUGACACAUUAACUCCUGACUAUCCAGACCAUUGGUCUUUGAGAAUUACCAGUUACGACGGGUUAGAAAAUCCUCGAUAUUUUAUAGUCGAGCCUAUUAUUUUGAAAUUAGAACCAAAAACACUAGGAUAUGUAACGUUUUCCUUAGAUCGGACUAAAGAACUAUCCAUAAACCGUAAUGAACAAAAUAAUACAGUAAAUGGAAAAGCGGUUGGAAUAGUGACUGCUCUUGAACCAUCUGGAAAAUAUUGCAUACGAAAAGACGGAUUUAAAAUGAAAUCCACAGUUGUUAAACUUUACUCGGAAACAAGACAUUCGAUACAACCAAACUUAGUCAUACGAGAGUCGGAUAAUAUUUUCCAAGUGUCAGCAUCGGAAAUGUAUAACAGUCAAUCAGAGAAUUAUACGGUAACUCGGUUGUUUACCAUGUGUAAUGACUUACGAUAUCCUGGAAACCUUUCGUUCGAAAUCGGUAGUCCGUUCUUUAUAAAGAGUUUGAGAUCACUAAGAUGUGGUAUUCGUUCCGGAAAAGAUCAUAUUAAUUUGUUUCAUAAGGAUUUGGUCGAAAUCGAACUGCAAGCUAUUAUAAUUAGAAAACAAGUUCAUCCACCAAAAAUGCCUACUGAAUUAACAUCGCCCAGAAUAUUAGAGAAAACAGGAUAUUUAAACGCUGUUUAUGAAAACAGUUAUUUUAAACCUAAGAUGGUUGCUACGUUCAAAAUGCACAUAUACUUCCCCGUACUAAAGCUGUCGACGAGCUACAUAAAUUUUGGUCAAGUGGUCGUAACGGAGACUAAAAGCAUAAACGUGAUGUUAUCUUCUUAUCCAGGUCCUGAACGUUUUUUUGAGCGAUCCGCAGACGAAGUAUUCACAGUAUCACCACCAGAUGGUGUCGCAUCGACCAGGCCGACCCCACUCACAAUCACGUUUAAACCCAAAGCUGAUGAACUGUACUAUAGAAAGAUUGAAAUUUUGACAACAAUACCCAAGGAUGUCAUUUUUCUCGAAGUAUCUGGAUUGGGGAUCAAAUAA